GCUUCAUCUUCGAGUGUUGUAAUUUUGGGUAUUGCUGGCAAUUCGGGGGUACAAGCAACAGGGACUGGAUGGAGACUGGGGUCAACAAGCUUGAAGAGCCCACGUCGUUUUCCCCUGGAAGCCCGCACUGAUGGGCGCGACGACGAUCCAAAAGCAGAUGCUUGGCUCGGCCUUGGACGCAGCUGGCUCAGCUUACCUCAUCGAGGUGGAUGUGAGGUCAGCUCCUUCGACAUUGACACGCAUUGUCUUGGACGCAGCUUUCAACCUACAAACUCCGUUCCCGUGCGAGUUCGACUUGUCCGUUAGAAAUGGCCCUGGCAGCUUCUUGAAUAAAUCAAUUGCAGAUCCGAACCGAAUAACGUCUGAAGCGAGACCACAUCGCCCAAUCGACCCCGCGAAGAGCUUCCGCAUCCGGACCCUCCGGACCCUGAAGCCACCCAACACUCCGCUCUCCUCCCUUUCCUUGUUCAUCGCCGCCGCCGCCGACAACGACGACCUUCACGAUGCCGGCCGACUAUGUGUCUGCAGCGCGGGCUCUCUCCCUCUCGCCGAAUCCUCCCUCCUCGCCCUCCGAAGCCCACGCCGAGGUCCGCCCGCCAUGGAUUCGCAACAUUGGUGGCACAUCGGGCCGCCGCUUGUCUGCAAACCGCUUCGGCAGCCGGCCUUCGCAAUCGCGGCGGACAACAGCCCUCUCGGGCCUGAACCGCGCCGCCGUCUCCGCGGUCAAGGCCGGCAACCGUCUGUGGGGCAUGUAUCUCGCCCUAAGCCCCGUUCAGCGCGUCGCCGUCGCCGCCUGCCUGCUCGCCCUCAACGUCCUCAUCAUCGUUCUCCUCGUCUACUCGCACGCAAUCUUCCAGUGGCUCGGCCCCGUCUCGGAAAAGUGGCGCGCGCUGCCGGGUGGCUGGCUCAUCAUCUGGGCCUUCACGUUCCUGACGGCCUUCCCGCCCAUGAUCGGCUACAGCAGCGCCAUUACCAUUUCGGGCUUCGUGUACGGGUUCCCGCUGGGCUACCCCAUCGUCGCGACGGCCACCGUGGCGGGGAGCUUGACAGCUUUUUAUACGAGCAGGGGCAUCUUUAGUGGAUAUGUGCAUCGGCUGGUCGGGCAGGACCAUCGUUUCAUUGCAUUGGGCCAGGUGUUGAGGAAGGAUGGGCUAGGGAUGUUGACGGCAGUGCGGUUCUGUCCGCUGCCGUAUAGCUUGUCGAAUGGGUUCCUGUCCACGAUCCCGACCAUCAAGCCUUGGGUGUUUGCCGCCUCGACAGCACUUGCCAGCCCCAAGCUGCUCGUCCAUGUCUUCAUCGGCAGCCGCCUCGCGCUCAUCGCCGAAAAGGGCGAUGAGAUGACGGCUGGCGGCAAGGCUAUCAACUACAUCUCCAUGGUCUUCGGCGGCGUCGUCGGCCUUGCCGUCGGUUGGGUCAUCUACCAACGCACCAUGGCCCGCGCCGCCGAGCUGGCCCUCGAGGAGGCCGAGGAGAACGGUCUCGUGCCUGGCCGCGACAACGCGCCCGACUACUCGGACGUCGAGGCCGGCCUCGUCGACCCGGAGGACGUGGCGGCGCUCAUGGACGAAGACGACAUCUCGCUGUGGGCGCGCGAGGCGGACGAGGAGGGAGGGUAUCGUGACUAUGAUGACACUAAUGAGCAGCACCAUGAGGCCACUGAUGACACUGCGAGGACAACCCAAAAGGGGGCCGCGGAGACGUUUCACGACGAACACGAUGGUAAAGGGAAUGGGUUCAAGAAUUCGGACUAGGCGUUAUUUAGGACCUUUAGUUGCAAUAUUUUUUUUACAGGCGGGCGGCCGGAGACAUAGAGUCGGUGCUCGAUUAGACCAUGAUUCUGCGCACUUUGACCGCAAGAAAAUCUUGUGAACAUCAAGCGACAUUCCAAUUAACUUCC